ACGCACAGUCCGGCGGCGGCAUGGUUCGCUUCAAGAACAGGUACGUGCUGUGCGAGGUGGUGGCCGAGGAGCCGCGGGGCCGGCACUGCAUCGAGGACCGCGCCGUGGGCAUCGCUGUCAGGGACGCCAUCGCGAGGGCCUACGGGGACUACGGGCUGGCCUGCUGCUCCGUGUCCUUCACAGUGAAGUACCUGAACGCCUACACGGGCACCGUGCUGCUGCGCUGCCGCAAGGACUUCCACCGGCUGCUGUGCUCGGCGCUGCCGCUCGUCAGGCAGCUGGAGAGCCGCGGGCUGCGCUGCCCCUGCUUCCUCAGCACCCUGCACGUCGGAGGUACCAUAAGGUCAUGUCAGAAGUUUCUAAUCCAGCAUAACAGAAGACAGCUGCUGACGUUGUUGCAAAACUGUACAAAUGAAGAGGAAAGACAGCGCAUCCGGCAGUCGGUGUUGAGCUGUUCCCUUACAGAAGAGGGGUCUCAAAGUGGAGAUGAGGAAGAGGAUGAUGACACAGAGACAGACUGAAUAUUACUUGUUACUAUUCACCUCUAUUCUGUACUGGUGUAAUCAAGAUGAUACCAAUCAUUUUCUGUAGUAAGUAAAGCAAGGGCUGGGAAAAGCACCUGUCCACAUUUACACUUCCUUUCCCCAUUCCAGGUGUUCUUGAAUAAUAAAAUGUUUUGUUUUC